CAGGGGUUAGAGCGGUCGCUCAGCAGUGACGUGGCACGCAGCAGGCGCUGGGGACGUGCGCGCCCUCGCUUCUUCCUCUUUCUCGACUCCAUCUUCGCGGUAGCGGCAGCUGGGAGUGCGAUUCAGGCCUUUUUGUUUGACUCAGUCGCCGACAUGCAGCUUUUUGUUCGCGCCCAGGAGCUACAUACCCUUGAGGUGACCGGCCAGGAGACGGUCGCCCAGAUCAAGGCUCAUGUAUCCUCACUGGAGGGCAUCGCCCCUGAAGAUCAGGUCAUACUCCUGGCAGGCACACCCCUGGAGGAUGAGGCGACACUGGGCCAGUGUGGGGUGGAGGCCCUGACUACUCUGGAAGUAGCAGGCCGCAUGCUGGGAGGUAAAGUCCAUGGUUCCCUGGCCCGUGCGGGGAAAGUGAGAGGUCAGACACCCAAGGUGGCCAAACAGGAGAAGAAGAAGAAGAAGACAGGCCGGGCCAAGCGGCGAAUGCAGUACAACCGGCGCUUUGUCAAUGUUGUGCCCACAUUUGGCAAGAAGAAGGGCCCCAAUGCCAACUCUUAAGUCCUUUGUAACUUUGGCUUUCUCUAAUAAAGCCACUUAGCCCAGUUA